AUGGUGCUGCAGCGAAUGCGGUUGCUCGUCGAGAAUGUGAAAGAGAUGGUUGCAGCUCGCAUGCCAGACAACUCCUUGCAGAUGCUGUUCACUGGCUUCAGGCUGCCAUCUCCGCUUGGUGACGGCUUCAGAGAUCUUGCCCGUCCAGAACUGGCAGAUUUGAGAAAGAAAACGAAAGACAGCCUGGAAACAAUUUUGCAGAAGGGCAAGCUGGACGUGAAGCAGUGCAUGAAGGACCUACUGAAGAUGCUGCCAUGUGCGGAGGCGUACCACACUCGGCUGGGUUUGGGCGUCCGUCAGAGCUGGGCUAGAGCUUCUGUUGAUUUCAAGGAGUUGAAGAAUGGCCGUGCUGCUGUCAGUCUGUACUUAAGCUUUCAGCCUGCAGAGGGUGAUGUGGAGCGGCGAUUGAAAGAUGUCAGUUGGCACGAGCAGAAAAAUCGGGCUCAUAUGCUGGGCAGCACGAUGGAAUCGCUUGUGCUGGCUAUGCAAGCACCCUCCGCCACUCAGAUCUCGAAGACCCAGGGCGGGCAGAUUAUUGCAACUACGCCGUAUUUGCCCAAUGUCCUCCGAAGAUAUGUGCAACUCUAUGGGGCACCCAGGAAGUUGAAGAGGGCAGCAAAAGUCCGUCGAGAUUCGGGGCAGAAAAGAAAGCACGAGGAUGGGGGCCCUGAUGGAAGUGAGGCUGGCUUUUUGCGCCGCCGACAUGCAGCUGUUGAGAACAUCAGUGCAGCCAGUAGCUCCGAGCGUCAGUCAUGGCUUGCAGAAGCUGGGGUGCCAGCUCCUGACCCAGAGGUUGCGGCUAGAACCCAGGCCAAGAUCAAUGCACAGCCUGACGACAAGAAGCAACCUGACAAGGUCAAUCUGUGCCACUGGGCACCCAAGCCUCGUUCCAUGGAAGCCGUCCGUCCAGGUUUUGCCUUGGUGCCAGAGCUCUAUGACUUCUCUUCUGAGUUGGUGCGGAAACUUCAGUUUCAUGGCUUUCAGGUCGUGCUGUCCGGUGGCGGUGGGAGUGGUUUGUUCACCUUCAUGGACAAGGCCUUCAAGCACUCAUCUGCUGGGCAUGUUGUUGUGGUGCCAGAUUUGCGGAGUGACUUUCGAGCUGCUGGGGCCAUUGUGGCACGUCUUGCUGGCGCCUUUUUGACGUCCGUCCCGAGCAUGCUGGCACAGAAACCCUCAGGUGUGCAGUUUGUCACGGAUGUCACAAAAAAGAAGCGUCAGGUGUAUGUGGAUGCAGAAGAUGACCGUUACCCUUUGUUGCAUGGCGUUUUGGUCCGAGCAGUCAGGCUGCCAGGCUCCAAGCUGGAAGUUCUGGCGUUACCGAAGAAGCUUGUGGCCGUGUACAAAGCUCACAAGGACAAGUUUGGUGCUCGAUCCAAGCCGUGGCUGCAUGCUCGUAUGCCUUUGCCCGUCAAUGAGGAGGAGGCUGGAAAGAUGAGGCUGAAGCAGCCAUACUUGGCAUGCGACUUCAAGACUUUUGUGGAGUUCUUGGAAGGAGGUGUGGAGAGAGAGGCUGUGUGUCCGUCAUUCGGCUCCAACAACCGCAGCUGA